AGAUUCAAGAAGAGUGACCGUUCCUGUAUUACCUUCAGAGGGUACCGAGACAAUCACGUAGGUAGUAAAAUUGUAUUCCUAAAUUUCCAUUUACUUGCUAGUUUUCUCUUUUAAAAUAUUUAAAAAAAAUAAAUGAGACACAUUUUUUAAGCAAAACAUUAGUCUAUAUCGUUUACAACGCAAAAAUAUGAUGUUACCGUGCAUUCAUUCAUGUCUCAGACAUGUCAUGUCUCACUUAUCAUAAGUCUUAUGUGGUUAUGUCAUCAUACUUGAAGAGAGACGACUGGGAACACAUCUUUAGUGUGAUUACUCAUUCAGUGCUUUUGCUGCCAGAGAGCUAGUGAGUUGCGCGUACGCGCCCUUCGCUCUAAAGGGCUCACCCAAAAUUGAUUGGCUAAACAUGAAUGAAUCAUCCCAUGUUCAACUAUAAAUCUGGUGGGAAAAGUCAUUAGUCUAUAAAAUUAAAGUGAUUAAAAAUAGUGAUUUGAGUGUCAUUUCAGGAUAAAAUAAAAUAAUAGUAAUAAAUAGGCUGACAAAUAAGUAAUAGGCAGUAGUAGCCUAAUUUUUUUAUAUUUAAAUAAUUGUAUAGCCUAGGCCUUAGUAGGCUAUAAAAAAAACUAUAAUAAUAUAGGCCUACUUAUAGUAGUAAGUAGUAAAGUAAAGCACAAUAAAAUUUUUAUAUUAAAAAAAAGGCUACAUAAAAUUAUAUACUACUUGUCUUAGAACUAGCCUAAUAAAAUUUGUUAUAAUUUUAUACUGUCACUAGUUAGGCAUAAUUCUGUAAAAGUAAGGCCCUUGCCCUUAUUAUAAGUCCUAGUCCUAUUAUAUAGCCUAUCGGCCUAUCGUCUAAAGUAAAAUACAUUUCAUGUGACAUUAUAUUUAUAUAUUCCAUUACAAUUGCCUUAUACUUUUGGUGAGUUAAUUUUUAAGAUGUAAUUCAAUUUGUUUUGUUUUAUUAUUAUUGGCACCGGUAUGUACGCUGUUGUCUAGCCUCUUUAAAUCUUGACACUGCUGCACUCUUUGUAUAUGUUAUAUGUUUAAUCUAUGUUAUAAUUUCUACCUAGUCAAUUAAAAACAAGAUGUGAAAUUCAGUCAACCAAUGUCAAUGAUAUGACCCAUCAUCAUUAUUGUUUUUUUAUUUUCUUUGUUUUCUUUUACUAUUUUUAUUUUAAGUGCAGUGGAGAAAUGUCAGUGAAAAAUUAAAACUAGCCAUAUAAGUAUAAGCUUUGUCUAAAAUUGCCUUGAAUUAUUUAUAUAAUUUGAUCGCUUUAAAAUUAUAAAAGAUACAAAUAAUUUAUUCAAAAUUAUUUUAAAGACUGAGUUUUAGGGACAAUGGAAGUUGUUUUUUUUUUUCAUUAAAACAUAGAACCACUUGUUUUAAUCAUUUAACCUUAUUAUUUAAAUAAAUUAAAUGGUCAAGAAUAAUACUUCUGACGAUAUGUUGCAGGCUCAGGCUUCUAAGGGAAAGAUCUUUUCAUAUUUCUCUGCACAAGGUUUCUUUGGAUUUUCUGUGGUAUAAUUUUCAGGGCUGUCUAUCUACGUUAUGGUCUUCAAAAUGAGUUUUCUGUAAUUCUACAUACAUGAACAAGCCAUCGCCAAUCAUGUGUAUGCCUGGUCUCUGCAGUGUUUGUCAUGCCUGAUUGGCAUCUUCAUGGGAAUUCUAUGAAUACUUUUUAGUCUUCCUUCAUUCUGAUGUGCUAGAAAUCUUCCAGCAUUCUGGACCACAGCAGAGAACACUUAACAUAACUUUUAAAUAUUUUGGUCUUGAUGUUGAUGCUCAUGUUCUUGUUAUCCAUAUGGAUGUCAAUAUUCAAAAUGUCUGCUUUGAUUAGCUGAUCCUUGCAUUGAUUUCAAUGUCACAAUCACUGCCUUUUGAGACUUAAGCUCUGUCACAUCACCCAGUGGGCUGAUGUUCAUAUUGAAUCUAAAAUUAUUUGUUUGUAUUUGAUUUCAACCCCUAAUAUUCAGCUGGUAUGACUUUUAAGCAAUGGUGUUAUUAAUGGGAACAGAGAUGUCGAACUGUAUGAUGUUCAUAUUUGACAUACCUGAUAAUAUUUGGUGCUAAAAAUUGGAAAUUCUCGAUGUAACGAAUACCAUUUUUCUAUAUUGUGUUUAUUCUAAUAUCUAAUAUUGAAACAUUUAUUUCAAGGAGUGAAAUGCUUUUUGCAAUAUAUUCAAAGUAUAACAUACUGUGUAAAAAAAGUUAAUAAAAACAACAACUCGGGAAUAAAAAUAAAAUUACUUCAACUGGAAUAUAAAUAAGUCUCAGUUGCAGGGCAGGAUUUAAGAAAUUAAACUUCAUUAGAUGCUAUGUGCAAGGAACACCACCAAGAAACUCAGAAUUAUUCUCUCCCCCCCCCCCCCAAAAAAAAAAAAACACGGGAAUAAAAAUAAAAUUACUUCCACUGGAAUAUAAAUAAGUCUCAGUUGCAGGGCAGGAAUUAAGAAAUUAAACUUCAUUAGAUGCUAUGUGCAAGGAACACCACCAAGAAACUCAGAAUUAUUCUCCCCCCCCCCCACCCCAAUAUACCACCAGCCCAUCCACACACUACAUUUGUAAGUUUAUGAUGGAAGACUAUUUAUUUUUAUAUACAUAAAUAAAAAAAUAAAUCUUCUCUUAACCAGAUAAAGGCACAAAAAAGUCAAAGUGACAUAAUCUGCUAAAGUUACAGUUGUGACCAGUGUCUCCAGCUACAAACAUUUUACUCUACUGACAAUGUCCGGUUCGGCUGAUUCAAGCUACAAGUGUACCCUUCCCCCAGAUGUCUUGGCUAAAGCUAAGCGGGAGUUAAGGGAGGAUCCAGACACCAGAAUAUUUGAGGUGAAAACUUUAAGGAGCAGGCUUGAAAAAGUGCCAGGUACUUGUUUAAUUUCAAAUAGAAAGUUAUUUGUCCAAACAUAAAUAAGAUAUUUCGCAAACUUGGUGCCCUGUGUGUAAGAAUUUUAAAAUUAUUUGAAUAAAGCACUUCAUCAUUAGAAAUUAAUUCAUGGGGCAGAUAAUAAUUAUUUUAUGCUUAUUUUUUUUACCAUAAAUUUUAUGUUUAAAUAGCUUUUAAACCAUCUGCUUUUGUUGAAGGUAAAGAAUCUUACUCUAAAGAUAAGAUAAAACCCAGAGUGCGUUUCCAGUAUUUAAGAAUUAAGUCAAGCAGAGAUCUUUUUUUCACACUCGAGACACCGUAUGCCUCUUUUACAAUACCGCAGCAAGACUGACAAUCUAUUCAACACUUAUAUUUAUUCUACCGGAUAUUUAUUUGUUCAUCAUUAACUUUUAUAAAUGUUUUUAUACCACUGAUUGAACAUGUUAGGCAACUGGUUUUUCUCCCUUUUCAUAAAUUUCAGGUCUUAAGCCCCGCACAGACUUUAACUUUCUACUUGCAUUUUUACGUGCACGCAAAUUUGACCAGGAGCGAACAUUCCAACUUCUGAAAAAUUACUAUGAAAUACGCCGAACAGAACCAGAAAUUUUUGAUGACCUCAAGCCGUCCAGAAUUAAACAUAUCCUCGAUGAUGGCCUUUUCGAAAUACUGAAAGAGAGAGACUCAGAAGGAUGCAAAGUUGUUAUACUGAGGCCAGGUAUGUCAUGGCUUAUUAAUGGUUGUUUGAAAUAUGAAUGGUGGGGUGGGGAAGGAGGGGGGGGGGCUUAGUGACUAAUAAAGUAGUAAGUUAUUUACCGGAGCCCACUUGUACUGUACUAAGUGACCCCCUACCAGGCCGACCCUCAUCCGGUGAACCAGGCAGAGUAACAAACUGUUGAGAAAACACCGAAAACCGAUAAAAUUUGUUUUUGUUUGUAAAUUGUUUUAUUCCGAAAUUUAAGUCAUUUUUAAUCUCAAUCAUGGAGUAGAUGCACUAAGUUUGUAGUCUUAUUUUAAGAUAAUUCGUUUUAACGAUAUUCAGACUGAAGCUUUGUAAAAGGGAUGCCUGUUGAUCUGUGUGUCGCCUGUUGAUCUGUGUGUCGCCUGUUGAUCUGUGUGUCGCCUGUCGAUCUGUGUGUCGCCUGUCGAUCCGUGUGUCGCUUGUUGAUCUGUGUGUUGCCUGUUGAUUUAUGUGCAGCAACAGAGCGGUUGUGUUUUCAUUUGGCAUAUUCCCCAUGUUUUAAUUUUCUUUACCUUUGGCUGCUGUUUACUCUCGUUUGUGCCCCAGACUUUUUUUCAAAGAAUUAAAAUAAUUAAACUUUGACGUCAAAGGGAAAUGUAGUAAUUUUAUCUUUACCAUCUUAGGCAACUGGGAUCCCGACAGGUUUCCUGUAGCUGAAAUCCCAAGAGCUGACUUUCUGCUGUUUUCUAAACUGGUGGAGGUCAGUGUGAUACUUAAAAACAGGAACAAAGUAGUUUUUAUUUUAAAAAAUCAUACAAUUAUUUUAGAAAAGGUCAUUGGUUCAAUUGAAGUAGAAAAGUACAAGAUUGUUUGUGAUUACCAACAAACAGGUUUGUGAUUACCAACAAACAGGUUUGUGAUUACCAACAAACAGGUUUAUGAUUACCAACAAACAGGUUUGUGAUUACCAACAAACAGAUACUUUCAUAACACAAGGCAGCUGAUUUGACGAUAAGUGAUCAUUGCUCAGUAAUUGUACGUGGCUGUUUGAUGAUUGCAUCACAAACAUUGCCAGUGUGUAGCAACUCCCCUUGUUGUGACCACGGUUUGGAAGUUGUAGUAUGAGAACUGGAUUAGCGUGUGUCCAGUUCUGAUAUAGGGUAGGGAAACAAACCAACGAUGUGUUAUUUACACUUACGUUUUUGUACUUGAUUUGAGAAUCAAUGAGUUACAACGAUCAAUGCAUGGGUCGUGGGGCCUCAAAAUAUAGAAGAGAAGAAGAAGAAUGACAUCUGUGUCACUUUUCAUACUUUCUCUUGAGUUUGCCAAAGCCAGAAGCUCUUAUGUUAAGAAUAUUUCAAGGUGCGAAACUUAUGUUAAGAAUAUUUCAAGGUGCGAAACAGCCUUUUUGCCUCAAUCCUCAGGAUGAGAUCACACAAGUCAACGGAAUUCACUUCAUCAUUAAUCUGGAGGGCAUGACCAUGAAACAUGUAUCGCACUUUGGGCCAGCGCUGGCUAAAAAAGUUAUGCAAAUUCUUCAGGUAGAGGAUUCUUUUUACAAAUAUCUUUUGUAACCAAUUGUUCACUACUUGUAUUUUAUGGAGCUACUUAUUUUUAAUUUAAUAUAAUUUCUACAAUUCCCGAAAACAGUGUGGGGAGAAAAUUUGAGGGCCCUUAAUAUAUCCUAAUUACUUUCAUAAAAUUUUCUCCAGGUUAAACUUGUUGUUUCCUUGUGACUUACAUCCUUACACACUGUUCACAAUGUUUUGGGGGGGGGGGGGUGGUCUAACCUGACACACUGAUCAGUCGUAUUUUUUUGGUGGGGGGGGGGGGGCUUGCCACCUUACACACUGCUCACAAAGAUUUUGGGGGUCUCAGCUUGUGUUUACUUCUGUAUAGUUAUUCAAUCUUGUAUUUGGCUUAUUAUUUUCAGGAUGUGGUGCCUCUAAGACUCAAAAGAAUUGAUUAUGUGAAUGAGCCAACAUUUUUUGACAUCGUCUUUUCAAUCGUCAAGCAGUUCAUGAAGGAGAAGCUAACCAAAAGAGUUAGUCCCAAAAUUCUUUGUAGUCUUGCUAUAGUCACCUACUUCAAUCACCACCAAAUUUAAAUAAAAAAGAAAAUGUGUUUGCAGUAAUAAUUGAUGGUUGUUCCAGUGUUAGAUGUGUUCUGUUAUACCAUCAAGCCUGUGUAAGCUGUUUAUUUUCUUUCACAGAUUGUACUGAAUGGCUCUGAAUUUGAUAAGCUCCAUCAAUCCAUCAAACCCAUUUACCUCCCUACUGACCUAGGGGGCACACAGAAACCACACAAAGACCAAGUAAGUGAUAAAUUUACAAUGGAGUGCUUUCUCAGGUGACAGGUUACUUAUUCAAAGUUAAUAGGGUGAUAGUUUACUUUUUAAAGGGCCGCAAACAGUAAGUCAGUGAUGGUAGGAUGACAGAAAGGCCCAGUUCAAAAGAAAUUAAUAGCAUCUGUAUAAAAUGAGUAAAGCAAAUUAGGGUUAAACCUGAAAAAAGGAACGCAACAAAACAACGAACGUGUCGGCAGGAAGCCUUCGUCAGCAAACGAAACAACAGAAAAAAAAGUAUUAAAAAAAAAUAUCACUUAGCUUAGAAGUAGAAUCCGUGGGCAGCAAAUGAAUGCACAAUUCAAUUGCACAAUUCCUUUGCUGCCCACGGAUACUACUUCUAAGCUAAGUGCUAUUUUUUAUUUUUAUACUGUUUUUUUCUGUUGUUUUGUUCGCUGACGGAGGCUUCCUGCCGACACGUUCAUUGAUUUGUUGCGUUCCUUUUUUCAGGUUUAACCCUAAUUUGCUUUACUCAUUUUAUAUUGUGCCAACCUGAUUGCAGUCUCUCCCCUUAUUAUCCUAAUAGCAUCUGUGCAGAGCCAUGGAGGCCCUCUGCAACUUCUCAGUGUUGAGCCCCCCUGCCUUAAAGGUGAUAGUUUAUUUUUUCCCCCAUGCCACUACUUUUAUAUGCAAGCCCCACCCCCUCUCCCGGAGGGUUGCAGGGCCCAAGGGAUGAAUCGGAACCUGUGCCUGAAAUAUGUUUUUAUAUUGAUUGAAUACAACAAGCAUAAUUUAUUGUGUGUUUGCUUGUAUACAUUUGGUGUUUUGUUUACACAGGAAGUGAUCAAAGCUCUCCUGGCUUCAGAAAGCAGGUUUAUAGAGGACAUGAAGUUUGGAUUCCUCAACAUGUCCAUCAAGAAGGACAAAAAUGAGGUCAGGAACGCUGACGCUGGAAUUCAAGGACUCGGGGGAAGCUUCAAGAAACUGGAUAUAUAAAGGCUGGCUUUGUUUUAAUGGAUAGUUGUGAAAGGCACAAUUCCAGCUAGCACUUAAACUAAUAUAAGUUUUGUUGAAUAAGGUAUUUUCUGUCUCAACUCAAGGAUCUUUUCCGUGCAGUUUUAUCCAAACUAUGAGAAUUCCAUUAAAGGCUUUUAAACCUAUCAUUUUUAGUAUUUCGCUACUUAAGAAAGAGUUACCUAUUAGGAUAGCCCCUCAUAAAAAAAAAAACCUCAGAAGAAAGACUGUUGAGACUUGUCUUUUUUUUUUACUUCUGUUGUUAAUUAUUUAACUUAAGUCCUGCCAUGGAUUUGUGUGACAUGGGCCAAACGGUUAAUAUUUGAGGUGCUGCCAGCCAAAGGGGAAAAACCUGUGCUUUAAAUUUAAAAUGUAAAUAUACAAGUGACUCUAAACAACAGAUUAUAUUGUUUUGUUGUUUUGAGAAUGCAUACACCUUGGAUUUUAUUUUUUCUUCCCCUAGAUGUGAUAAAUAUAGCGUUACUUUGGGGCAAUGCAAAAGGUAUUCUAAUUUGAUAUAAAUUUUGUCAACAAAACGCAGUUUUCUUUGAUCCUGAUGAUUUCCUUUUUUUGUGAUGGUCUAUUUUCUUUACAGAAUUCUGUCUCCAGUAAUUGGCACUUUAAUUUUUUUACCGCUUUAAACUAUACUUGUUGAAAGAGUUUUUAAAAAAUCAGUUCCUGAGCUUGAAUGACUACAUUCUCAUUAACAGCUUAGAGUGUUUUGUACUUUCGUUGUUUUCCUUCAGCCAAGUGUAAAUUUACAGAACUCGGUUAACAGUUUUUAUACAUCUAUAUAAAAUGUGUGGUGAUGAUGUAUCCAACUCUUUGAGGACCAUCAAUUUCGCAGCGGAUCUCAUUUAAACUCCGACAUGUUGAUCGUCAUCAUCUUUCUGUGGCUAAAUGUAACUAACCCAUUCAGCCUAUGAAGCGGCUUGUUAUCCUUUAGGGCACUCAGGUAGUUUUCUGUUACAGGCUUUCAGGAUUGCUUACAAUUUUGUGUACUGUAUUUCAUAUUGUGAUACAUCUCAGCAUUCUUUAAACCACAAACGGUUCAUGACAGUGAUUGGUCUCUUUUUUUUUUUUUUACCAAUAAGUUUUUGGUGGUCUUAAUAAUUUCAUUGUUUACUUUACAUCGUCUUAAUUGGCAGCAAAUUAUUUUAGGCAAGAACAUAUCAAUGUUAAAUUAAUCUAUGCAUACAUGAUUUUUUUAUCCCCUUAAUAAUUCUAUGCAAUGGAUGGGUCAGAAAAAUUAUUUUAAACAGGAACAGAACAAUGAAACAAUUUGUUUGUAAUGGAAUUUAUGGGCUAUCCAAUAUUUGGGAGGACGGGGUAUGAUGAUGAUUUUUAGAUUUCAGGCUGUAUAUGAUUGAUUUUUAUGAUUAUUGGAUAGACCUAAGUCUAAAUAUUUAUGGUGCAUGGCUAAUCUUUCACUCUUAUAGUUUUAUCCAGUUUCUGUUCCCUUAUUUAGUAUACGGUUUAUACAUCUGCAAUGUGUUAUCAAUUCCAUCUUAGUAAAAUUUAAGUACCUGCUGGUACAGACAGAGAAACACUUAACUUCUGACCCUUGAACUGUUGUUCAUUCUUGAGACUUACCGGUACUUGUUUCUUAUAAAUUUUGCAUCAUACACUUUCCACCACAUAAAGUCAGGGUUUUUUAAAUUUCAACUUCUAUUCCCUGCCUUACUGUGAUUCUGCUGAACUUUAUUGAAACCACUUUUUGGUUAAAAUAAAACCACAUGAUAUCUUUAAAUCUGUACUACAUAACAUGACUUUUUGUGUUUGUAUAAAUGAAAAUUUUCUUUUUUGGGUGUGAUGUCAUGGGCUUAGUCAUACUGGAAAUUCAGUGUCAGAUUUUAAAUUUAAGAACACAUUUCAUUUUUUUAUUUUCUAAAAAUUCAUUGAAGCGCAAUUCGUGGACAUCAUAUUGUUGCUCUUCUUGCCAUUUUUUUUGUGCUGAUUAUUUGUCGUGGGGAUGUUUAUUUUCUUCAACAACUGGGGUAGGUUGGAGUUGAAGCGAAACGCGCACAGCAAUAAUUUGUUUUGAGUGUCUUCCUUUACUGGCCACUGUUUGUUCACUCUGCUAUGAAAAAUGUCAUGUAACAGCCUCAGGGAUUGCAAUGUAUUAUUUCUGGUACAUAGCUGCAACCAUCACACACAUGUCUCCUGAUGAAAAUUCCAAAUUUUUUCAUGUUCACAUAUUAUAUGUUGUGUCUUUCAAUCCUUUUAACACGACUUGAUGAAUUUUGUUUUUACUGAAAUGUCAAACCUCCAGCACUGACAAUUAUAGAACAUGAACUGUUGUUGAUGUGUUAUUCCAGGUUGGAUAUUUAAAAAUAUACUAACUUUGGAAAUUUUUUAGGAUGCCACAUAAACCAAAUUUUUACAUUAAAAUUUUUUCCAAAGAUUUGAUUUGUCACCAGAGAAGUCUUGUUACUGUAAACCCGAGUGUAUUCUUUAAUUUGAAAUUAAAUUUUUUAAAAAAAAAGGUAUUCAUAACUAUCCGUAAACUUAAUUUAAAACAACCGUCUUUCAAGUUCUAUUUCUUUCUAGAAUACUAGAAUUUUUUUUAUUAAAGUUGAAGACAUAUAGGUUAGAUAUCCUUCAUUAGACAUUGCUGUUACUAACUUUUUCAAUAUUUCAAUAUUAUGUCAUUGCAUUAAAUUUUCUAUAUAAUGCUGUUUUUUUUAAAUGUUGCGGACACAUAAUUCAAAUCAAAUCAAAUCAGGUCCAUUGUAAUGUCUCUACUUUUGAUUCGUUUUUAAAGUAUAUAUUUUUACGUGUGAGUUCAGCUUGCUUGUCAAGCUACUUGUUAAACUGGUGAAAGCUAUUUUUAGAAAUUCUGCAACCAUUUUGUGUUGUACAGAACAUCCACACAAAAAAAAAUAAAAAAUGGGCUUGGAUAUUCAUAACAAAAAAAAAAAAAUAAAAAAUGGGCUUGGAUAUUCAUAAAAAAAAAAAAAAAAGGUUCAAUUAAGCAUACCAUUUAAAUAUAAUUGGUGGUGUCCUUUCCCCCUAGAAUAUAAUCUAGAAGUGAAAACCACAGAAGCAUAUCCUCCAGACAACAGCUAUAACUUAAACAAAAUUUAUCUAAGGAAAUCAAAAACAUUUCUAAUCAAAAUAAUUAUUUGCUCUUUAGCAUAGACACACUGAUUUUAAUUUUUCGAGCAAGGGUCGUCAGUCACCCGAUUAUAGAGAUAAUUUGAACAUUUAGUUUGAACAGAUCAAUUGCGACCAUCAAAUAAAGUCGCACUGACUCUCAUUAAAAAUUUAAUUUUCAAGUUGUAAAGAAAAACUUUUUAGCGAAAGAUACGAAGAACACACACUCUUCAUUAGAUGGCUUUACAGAUUUGGACCUUAUUAUUAUUGGUUACUCAGGGAAAUCGUCCCACACCUACAAUGAUUUAUUCUUGAUUUUUAAAAAAAUUACUACCAAAGUUUAUUUUAAAAAAAAAUUAUAAUCAAGUCUCACUCUAGAACAGUGAUAAUUUUGAUUCUAUUUUCUUUGCUUGUAUAGAAAGCUUUUGCUGGUUUUUCAAAGUGCAGAUUUUAAUAGAAUUUUAAACAUGAUUGUGAAGACUUGAAUCUUUGAUAAGGUGAGCUUUUAAAAUAUCUUUUUAAUAAGGCAUAUGAAAAUAAUUAUAUAUCAUUUAAUAAGGCAUAUGAAAAUAAUUAUAUAUCAUAUACCCAGCAGUACCCUCUUGUGCUUCUAUUAUAACCUUGGUGCUAAUCAGGAAACAUAUGUAAUUUUUUUGCUUGUUUUCAACAUGUUAUCAGUAUUUAACCUCCUACUUAAUGAUCAUAUACGUAAUAGUUUUUAUUAUUAAUUCUAUUUUUUAAAACUAUGCCAUACCCAUGUAUUGUAGUUGCGUUUUUGUCUAUUCUUGCUUACUUGUAUUAUUUCUCAAAAAUUUUAGCGUGUCAAUUUUUCCAACAGUACAACUGUGCCCUUGGGAGCACUGGCACGGGAGGUGCAAAUAAGAAACUGAGGCAUAAUCUCAGGAAGACUGGUCUGCUACUGGCCUGACUGGUCAGCUACUGGCCUGACUGGUCAGCUACUGGCCUGACUGGUCAGCUACUGGCCUGACUGGUCAGCUACUGGCCUGACUGGUCAGCUAUUGGCCUGACUGGUCAACUACUGACUGGACAGCUACUGCCUGACUGGACAGCUACUGCCUGACUGGCCAGCUACUGGCCUGACGGGCCAUUUACUGGCCUGGUAACAUCUAAAGGUGCCAAGCAAACAUAUUGCUGAAAGUUAAAUAACAAGAUGAAAACCCACAGACUAGAAUAAUGAAUCUGUUCAUGUUGAUUUUGAACACCUGCCGUUACUUCACAAAUACAUUUUAUAUAAAACAAAAUCUCCCAAAUGUAUUUAUGUUCCUCAAAGUAUUGGAAGAAGUUGGUGUCUAUUUACAACAGAAUGAUCCAUAUGCCUACUGUUUGUAAUAUGACACGAGUGAAUGCAAUGCCACCAAUAAGCCUUAUAAUCAACAUUUGUUUUUGGGUAUUCCAGUGUUGAAACAAUUAUUCCUUAAAAUAUCUGCAAGAUUGUCUCUGUAGUGAUGGUGAGCUACUCAUUUUAUUAUAGAAAUAUGUUACAGCGUGAAAUAAAAAAAAAAAUCCUAGACAAUAAAACAACUAUAUUAAGAUUUUAUUUUAAAAAUCCAGCUUUUUUUUUUCCUUUUAAUAUUAUAUUCUAUAUCAUGUUCCAGUGCAGUGAUUCUCAAAGUUUUAAGAUUGGUGGACCUGUGGAAAUAUUUCUUGUGGCACCAGGGACGGGUGUCACAUUUAUUUAUUUAAAAAUAAAAAUAUUAUUUAAGCCAUGAUCAGCCAGUUCGAUACGACUAUCAACUGUUACCAUUUAAUGGCCAGCUGUAAUAUAAUUUGUUUUUGCUAUGUCUCUUAAAAUUUUAAACAAAAAAUUUAACUUACGUUUUCUCAUGUAAAUUUUAUCUUAAGUCUCACUAAGGAAAAUAAAAACAAGUUUUGAAGAAGAAAAAAAUCAUUAGACCACGAGAGGUCAGAAUGUCAUGCUUUAUACACCGAACAGAUAUAUUAUUUUCUUUUUUGUACGUGUAUUUGAAAUGAGAUUUAAAACAAGGAAACAUUAAACUUUUUGUUGCCAGUUCCUUGACUCACCGGCCAGAUCACAACUUUGAGAAACACUGUUCCAGACCCUAUUUUUAGUUUGAACCCGAUGAACCUCCAUGGUAGCAAUUUUAAAAAAUUGUGCUUUUCAUUACUUUUAUAAUUGUUCACAGCAUUAAGUUAAAGUUUAUCAGAUUCAAAUUUUCAGUAGAGUUUCUUCAAUUUUAGUAAAGAUUUAGGAGACAUCUAUUUGGUUUGAAAAAACCAAAAAACAAUAAAAUGUCUAUAUGUAUAUAUUAAAGAAUGAACAGGAAAGAAAGGUGCAAUUAUUUUACUUGCUUACUAUCAUUCUUUGACAGCUCUUAUUCGGAUGUGUCAUUAAAGAUAUUUUCAAGUGCCAGUGCUUUCAUGCACCAAAAGUGUGUUAAUGUUUCUAGUUCAAUGCUGUAUCACUGUUAUAGACUGAGUGCAUGUCAACUAUUUCAAUGCAUAUAUUAUUAUAUGUGCAGUGUGUACAGCUGCAUAACAUAUUUUAUUUGAGUAAACAUGUAUUCCACUUUUACAAUUAGUUAUAUUAUAUACACAUAUCUAUCCCAGAAUAAAGGAAUAUGUUGGUGUGAAGUGAAAUUUGUUGUGUGACC